CAGCUAACAGCCAACAUGGUGAACUUUGAGGAAAUCGUAGAGAAAGCAAAGAAGUUCAGGGACACUUUAACCAAGGAGGAUUUCCUGGAAUUCUAUGGCUACUACAGGCAGGCCACAGAGGGCGAUUGCAACAUUGAGGAGCCAGAGGAUGAGGAGGAGAAGGCUCGCUACAAUGCCUGGAAGAGCAAGGCUGGUCUGACUCUGGAGGAUGCCAAAGCCCACUACAUCGAGGUGUACAAGAAGCUUGCUGCCAAAUACGAGUAGAGAAUGCAUUUAAAGAACUUUGCUUUAGCACGCAAAUUUAUAUUUUAUUUAUGCCACUAA